AAAAAAGAUUAAGUAAAGUACAGGUACAUCAAAGUUGUGCUCAAGUAGGCCUACAGUAACCUACUUGAGUAUAUGUACUUAGUUGCAUUGUGACAGUGAGAUAAGGUCUCUAACGUUAUGUAACUUUUAUUUAACGCUCUUCAUUUACCGUAAAGAUCAGAAUACGGGGCUGACCGCGGAAAUACGGAAAUACAUCUUGAAAGGCGUCAGACAGCGUUACUAUUGCAGCAUUUCAUUUUACUGUAAAUGUGUCUGAGCCAGGUGUUACGCCAUACACGGUCGGAGGAACUUAACGGUGAUUAAAGUUGGCUACGCAUGUAGAUCCGACCGUGUAGAUAGGCCUAAUGGAUGGACUUGUAAACGUUUAGCCUACUCACUACUAAAGUCUUUGGCGAAUGAGACCAAAGAUGAGUGUUUGUGGGAAGGACGAGGAGGGCAGAGCGGAGUCUCCAGUAUCCAGCUGUCUGUCUGUGAAGAGUGACCAGUCCAAAGACAUUCCUCUUGCCUUCAGUAAUAAACCUGGACCAUUCGACACCAAACCAAAGAUGAGUGUUUGUGGGAAGGACGAGGAGGGCAGAGCGGAGUCUGCAGUAUCCAGCUGUCUGUCUGUGAAGAGUGACCAGUCCAAAGACAUUCCUCUUGCCUUCAGUAAUAAACCUGGACCAUUCGACACCAAACCAAAGAUGAGUGUUUGUGGGAAGGACGAGGAGGGCAGAGCGGAGUCUGCAGUAUCCAGCUGUCUGUCUGUGAAGAGUGACCAGUCCAAAGACAUUCCUCUUGCCUUCAGUAAUAAACCUGGACCAUUCGACACCAAAAAGAGGAAAAGGACUAGUGGUGUUAUCAAGGACCAGCUAUCAUGCUGUGCUUUGUGCCUGAAGGAUCCAGGGUCUACCAGAGUUCCUGGAGAGCAAUGCAUUGCCUUGUACUGGGAAGAAUGUAAAUCAACAGGAGAUUUCUCAGGUCCCCAAUGUGGAAAACGAUCCAGAAAAAGUCCUGAAUUGCAGACACCUAGUCAAAACAGUACUGAACCAAUUACUGGCAGUCUGCAGGAGGUUUUAAACAAUCAUAGGAUCAGCCUCAGAAGAAGAUGUGAAUUUGCAAUAGAAGGAACUGCUGAAGCAGGACCUCGAACCCACCUGAAUAGGAUCUACACUGAGCUCUACAUCACUGAAGGACAGUGUGAAGGAGUUAAUGUCCAACAUGAAGUGUGGCAGCUCGAGACAAUAUCGAAAAUGGAGACCAUGCAUGACACUCCAAUCAAAUGCCAUGACAUAUUUAAGGUCUUACCUGGCCAAAAGAGAUUCAUCAGAGUGGUUCUGACGAAUGGCAUCGCUGGCAUCGGAAAAACCUUCUCAGUGCAGAAGUUUACUCUUGACUGGGCAGAGGGCCUGGAAAAUCAAGAUGUUAGCCUUGUGAUUCUGCUUUCGUUUCGGGAGCUGAACUUGAUUAAAGAGGAACAGUACAGUCUUCUUAGGCUGCUUCAUGAUUUUGAUCCAACACUACACAUGGUGACAGCCGAAAGGCUUGCUCUCUGUAAAGUUUUGUUAAUCUUUGACGGCCUGGACGAAAGCAGACUUUUGUUGGAUUUCCAGAACAAUGAGGUUGUGUCUGAUGUCACACAGAGAUCAUCAGUCAACUUGCUGUUGACAAACCUCAUUCAGGGGAAUCUGCUUCCCUCAGCUCUUCUUUGGAUAACAUCAAGACCUGCAGCAGCCAAUCAGAUCCCUCCUUCAUAUGUUGAUAGGAUAACAGAAGUACGAGGAUUCACUGACCCUCAGAAGGAGGAGUACUUCAGGAGGAGAUUCAGUGAUGAAUCAAUGUCCAAGAGAAUCAUCUCACACAUCAAGGCAUCCAGGAGCCUCUACAUUAUGUGUCACAUCCCAGUUUUCUGUUGGAUCACUGCUACAGUUCUGGAGCACAUGUUGACCACAGACCAAAAAGAGCUUCCCAAGACUCUGACUGAGAUGUACUCACACUUUCUGCUGGCUCAGUCCAAGAGGAAGACACAGAAGUAUGAUAAGGGGCAUGAUAUGAUCCAACAGGAGCUGAUGCAGACUGACAGGGAAGUCCUUCUAAAGUUGGGGAGACUUGCGUUCAAACAUCUGGAUAAAGGGAACAUCAUGUUCUACCAAGAAGACUUGGAGCGAUGCGGUCUUGAUGUCAGAGAAGCCUUAGUUUUCUCAGGACUGUGCACAGAGAUCUUCAAAAGAGAGUGUGUACUCUUUCAGAAAAUGAUUUACUGCUUUGUUCAUUUAAGUAUUCAGGAGUUUCUCGCUGCUGUCUACAUGGUCCACUGUUACCUGAACAAGAACAUAGAAGUACUGGCAACUUUCUUGGGAGAAAACUGGGAUAGAAAUAGCAGUGACCAAGGUCUGGAUAACUUCCUCAGUCUUGUUGUGGAGAAAUCCCUAAACAGUGGAAAUGGACACUUGGACCUCUUUGUUCGCUUCCUUCAUGGCCUGUUAUUGGAGUCCAACCAUCAUCUCUUAGGAGGUCUUCUGGGCUGGACAGCGUGCAGUCCAGAAAGCAUCCAGAGAGCAAUAAACAACCUCAAGAAGAUGAAUGCUUAUGACAUCUCUCCUGACAGAAGCAUCAACGUCUUCCACUGUUUGAUGGAGAUGAAUGACCACUCAGUGCAUCAGGAGAUCCAAGAGUACCUCCAGUCAGACAACAGAUCAGUGAAGAAACUCACCAAGACCCAGUGCUCUGCUCUUGCCUACAUGUUGCAGAUGUCAGAAGAGGUUCUAGAGGUGUUGGACCUGAAGAAGUACAAUGCAUCAGGUGAUGGAAGACGGAGAUUGCUCCCAGCUGUGAGAAACUGCAGAAACGCUCGACUUUCUGCCUGUGGACUGUCUGAGGGGCAUUGUGAAGUUCUGUCUUCAGCUCUGAUGUCCAACCCUUCCCAUCUGCUAGAGUUGGACCUGAGUGAUAAUGACUAUCUACUGGAUUCUGGAGUGAAGCUGCUAUCUGUCGGACUGGAGAGUCCAAACUGCAGACUGAAGAUACUAAGAUUGAAGAGCUGCAGUUUGUCAGAGAGUUGUUGUUAUUCUCUGGCAUCAGCGCUGAAAUUCACCUCUUCCCAUCUGAGAGAGCUAGAUCUAAGUAACAACAACUAUCUUAAGGAUUCAGGAGUGAAGCUGCUGUCUACUGGACUGGAGAGUCCAAACUGUAGACUGGAGAUUCUGAGAUUAAGUUGCUGCAGGCUGUCAGAGAGCUGCUGUGCUCAUCUAGCCUCAGCCAUGAAGUCCAACCCUUCCCAUAUGAGAGAGCUAGACCUGAGUAAAAACAAACUGAAGGAUUUAGGAGUAAAUCUGCUGUCUACUGCACUGGAGAGUCCCCAAUGUAGACUGAAGUAUCUGAGGCUUGAUAGAUGUGGGCUUACGGAGAACUGCUGUACUUCUUUGGCCUCAGCUCUCAAGUCCAACUCGUCUAGCCUGCAAGAGUUGGAACUGAGUAAUAACGAUCUGCAGGAUUCAGGAGUGAAGCUGCUGUGUGCAGGAUUGGAGAGUCCACAUUGUAUACUGGAAGCUUUGAGAUUGAGGUGCUGCUGGUUGUCAGAGAGUUGCUGUGCUUCUCUGGCUCCAGCUUUAAUGUCCAUCACCUCCAGUCUGAGAGAGCUUGACCUAAGUGAAAAUGAUCUACAGGAUUCAGGAGUGAAGCUGCUGUCUGCUGGAUUGGAGAGUCCACAUUGUAGACUAGAGACUCUGAGGUUGAAACGCUGUCGGGUCACGGAUGAAGACUGUACUUUUCUGGCAUCAGCUCUGAAGUCCAACCCAUCCUGUCUGCGAGAGCUGGACCUGAGUAAAAACAGCCUGCAAGUAUCAGGAGUGAAGCUGCUGUCUGAUGUCCUGGAGAGUCCACACUGUAGACUGGAGACUCUCAGAAUAGAAGAAAUGGAGUAAACCCAGAGUGCGUCCAUCUGAAUAAAAUGCAUCUCAUCACCAUGACGUGUUGCUGACUCUGGGGCUGCUAUGAUGAACACAUCACUGCAACACUACAGUUAUGUCUUAAUACAAUCAGAGAUAGGACAGAGCUCCUACCAUGAAAGUUAUUUCUAUUUACACAUUUGUUAUGAAUUAAUCAGUAAUUUUUUUCCAAAUGUUUCUUCAUCAACCAGAAGACAAUGUUGAUUUUGAACUGACUGCCCUACCAACGUCUUUGUAGGUUAUGGAUGCAACUAUGGUUGCCAACAAAACAACUCUUAACGUCAACGAAAAGAUAAUUUUUUGUAAGGUACAGACAGAAGGGAUAGAGAGAGAGAGUGUCCUGUAUCAGUUCAAUACGGAACACUUUAGCAAUCCCGUUUGGCAAUCCUAGAUGCAACUACAUUUCAGUGGAGCUACUAAAUGUACAGUUGUUGUGAGGUUUUGUUGCUGAGAUAAAUUCUGUUUAAAUGUAUUUUAAAAUGUCUAUAUAUAUAGUCAGUUUAUACAACUAUUUUUCAAUGCUUUUUCAGUUCUAAAAAAAGAAAGAAACAGAGGCAAACAGCUAGCCUGGUUCUGUCCAGCAUUAACUCUGUGGUGAGCAAUUGCCAGGCAACCAGCAGACACUCAGGAAGUUACUGGUCCAAGUCAAGAAAUAGCUCGGCACAUGACCCCCUGUAAAAUGGCGAAUCGUCGUCGUUAACCUUCGCUUUUUGUACAGAGUAAACAAACGAGAUAUAACAUAUUAAUUAGUGAACUUUAGAGGUGCUGGUACACAGAUUUUGUUACUGCCAGACUGAAAAUGUCAAUAUAUAGUCUGUUUGUAUACAAACACCUAGCACCUACAUCUACCUACCUAAAUAGACUACUGAAUGUAUCCAGUCAGCUUUGUACUGUAUUUAUAACAACAUUAAGAACACAUUUUAGAGGCCAACACUUAUCCAUGCCCUGACCAAUGUGCUACAAAGCCUUAGAAUUACAAAAACAUUUUUUUCCACAGGACAAAAGUAAACUUUUUUCAACAAAAUGUGUGCAAUACUGUAACUGAUGUUUAAUUUUUUUGUAUAUUAGAAUAAAACUACCAUGCUGUCA